AUGGCGCCGCCCAAGCUGCAGUCCGGGCACACCAAGCAGCGGGUGGCGUGGUCCCAGCAAUGGCACUGCCGUUUCUGCUGGGCCCCGUCCGGUGCGCGCUGGUGGAACCAUGCCGAGCUGGUGUCGUGCAAGCAGUGCCAGCGGUCCAAGGGGCAGUGCUUCCACUCCAACCGGGUGCCCAAUGUGCCGUCUGUGUCCUCCAAGGAAAAGACGGCAGCGGCCGAGCUGCGCAAGCUCCAGUCCGAGCUCAAGCAGGCGCAGUCGGAGGUCGUCAAACUCAAGGCCGCUGGUAGGGUCGCUGCGCCCGCGCCAGACCCGUUCGGCAUGGCAGUCGACAGCGGGGCGGCCUUGGUGCAGCUCGAGGCCGAGGUCGAGUCGGAUCGGGCCAAGGAGCUGCGAGAUCUUCUCGACCAGACCGAGGGCGUCAGCGACUCCUCGGGCGGCCUGCAGGAAAUGCGCAGGAAGUACGCGGAGGAGCUCGAGCAGCUGCGCGUCAAGCGGAUGGGCUCGCGCCCGCUUCCUGUCCAGAUGCAGCAGCCUUCGCAGCAGAUCAAAGGAUUGGAGCGCAAGGCAGAGGCCAAGCGCGCGGGCGUCGCCAAACUCCUCGGCCAGGUGCGAGAGCUCCAGUCGCAGCAUGACGAGGCGGCGACGGAGCUUGGCACCAUCCAGAGCGAGAUUGCUGUGCUGGAGGCGCAGCGGGCCGAGGUGGCGUUGCAGUUCCCGCAGCCGGCGACCGUCAUCGAGGGCGUCAAGGCCUCGCUCGAUUCCGUGCUGCCCAGCGUCCAGAUGUCCGCCGAGCAGAUGGUCCAGGUGCUGGGUACCUUCGGCGCGGAUGAGGAGGCGGCCAAGGACCUCCACCGCGCGGUGGGCCGCGUCCGUGCUGCGGCCGUCAAGGCGAAUGCCGAGCGGCAGGCGGAGCUCGAGCGCCGGCAGGCGGAGGCCGCCAGAGGCUCGGCCCCCCCGACGGGCGGCGCGGCUCCAGGCACGCCCAUCCCCGAGCCAGGCGGAGUGCAGCGGCCUGCUGGGUCUCGGGCUUUCCGCCUCCCUACUGCUGCUGGGGUGGGCGCUGACACGCCAGAGGUGCUCCAGGCCUUCCUGCAGGCCAUGGGGCAAGCCGUGCCUGCGGAGGAGGCCGAUCUCCGCGAGGCGGCCAAGCGGUUCGCCGAUGGGCUCGAGAGCUUCGCCAAGCGCCAGCGGUUGGAGGCGCCUGAGGCCGCUGCAGUGGCGUAG